CUCGAGUCAGUACGGAGCAGAGGGGUCCAUGGUCGAUAGCAGGGAUGAGCAUCGGAUGCUGCAGGGUCCGAGACGUCUCUAAGGAGAGUAUUAAUCCCAGCUACCAGUAUUCUCGUCUCCUGUCCACAUGUAGUCCCCCCUGAGAGGAGAUCGUUCUCCUAAAUCCAGAAUCCGGAACCGACCCACCAACCUACGUCAGCACAUCGUCCACCUACGCCAACCAAUGCCUCUGUGCCACGUGGCUCGUGUCCGUCAGCCAUUCCGUCAGGUAGACAGGCUGCCGGUCAAGCGCCUUGGUCGCCGUCGAUCCAGGGCGGCGGAUGUGACGUUCACGGUCCAGAUGCUGGGAUAACCGCCGUCGAGAUUUCAUGUACAAAAGGCAGUGGCGGCGGUGCGCGCGGGGCUUGAGCGCGGAACGGCAGCCAAUGCUGCCGCUUCCGCCGCAGCCUCUAGUAUGACCAUUUUACCCGCCGCCUCAUUUUCGUGUGAUACUGGGAAGCGCAUGCAUCUGCUUAUAGUUGGGACGCCGCGGAAGGAAGUACAUGUAGUUCAUCCAAGCGACGUUUGAGUCGUCUCAAAGACGUCUCAACACACCCUUCUCCCCACAGUGUCUCGGGAAAAGCCGCGACUCCUAGUCCUCAAAAGCUUGUUGGUUGUUGCUAGCCUUGCUGUCCGGCGGAACCGCUACCCUCCCUUUGCACGCGAACUGCUGGCUUCUGCUAUCGCUUUAGACUGCCGACCGCUGCGCCACUAGAGUGCCUCAAGGCAACCUCGACUGCCUACCCUGCCGUCUGCCUUCCCCUCGCUUCGCCUCACCUCCCGACCGUCAACUCUGCGAAAGGUGGUAGCGGGGGCGAAAAGGGUUACUGCCUUGCUAACCUUGACAGCCCGAUGGAGAUCGCUUUUGGGGAUCGCUCGGUAGUUGAAUCAGCGUCUCGAGAUCCCUCGGUUGUAGCAGCGCGUGGGACUAGAAAGACCUCGGUUGUAGCAGCACCUGCAAAAGGAUUCGAGAUGGCACCAGAGAGCUCCCACGUGGUCGUCAAUAUGGACGGCCUGACAGCCCCAGCUGUAGCACCGCCUAAAGAGGGCGUGGGUGAAGCUGUGCCUGAGCAGGAUGGUGCGGAGAAAGUCACCCAGGGGCGGGGCAUCUGGACGGGAGACGAUGCAGCUGAUCGAGUUGCUGAGAAGAAGUCAGCAAGUACAGAUUUGGGGAGACCGAGGGGCGAAGACAGAAGGGAUUUUGAGAGGCGGAUCUUGGAGUUAGAAGGGGAGAGGAGGAGGCUGGAGGGAGAGAGGGAGGAGAUGGAGAGGAGUGUGGGGGAGGAGGUGAGGAGGAGGAGGGAGGUGGAGGAGGAGGCGGAGGACCUUAGGUCCGGCAUGCGCCUUGCCGAGGCUAAGCUCUGGCAAUGGAUGGAGGCUCGGAAGGUGGAGUGUGGUGGAGGAGGAGGGAGAGGUGGCGGCGAUACAGGUGUUGUUGUUCCUCCCGCUGCUCCCGCGGUUGGUGUUGGUUUUGGUGCUGGCGCUGCUACUGCUGCCAGCGUGAAUCUACCUUCUGCUCACUUGGCCACGGCCGACGUGGCGACUGCCGACGUGGCCACAGCUGACGUGGCGACUGCUGACGUGUUGGGCUACAUGGAGGACCUUCUCCUCCACCAGUCCUGCAUGCUGGCUCGGGAGCGAGCCCGGCGAGCGGAAGCUUCCAGGAAGCGAGAAGAAGCAGAGGGGCGGCGGGGAGAAGCGGAGCGAGCACUGAGAGAGUUAAAGCGGCAGGUGGGAGUUGAAGAGUUAGCUUUGCAGGUUAAGGCAGAGAGUCAGUGGGAGGAUCAUCUUUUGAGGGAGAUUUUCUCGGUUGAGCGAGAUGUCGAGGCGUUGAGGAGCGAGGUGAGGGAGAAGGAUGGGGAGGUGGAAAGGUUGAGGGGCGAAGUUUCGAGGAAAGUGGAGAUUUUGAGGCGGUUGCACGGGAGAGCGGUGAAGAUGAGAUCUGAGGCGGAGAGGACGAUCCGACGGCUGAGGUUGGAGCUUGAGACGGCGCGGGGGUUGCUGGAGAGGAGUGAGGAGAAGGCGAGGGAGAAGGGGAGGGAGGUGAGAGAUGAGAUUAGUAUUUUGGUGAGAGAACUAGAGGGGCUGAGGAGUGGGAAUGAGAUGGUAGUAGAUGCCUUGGGGGAGGCGAGGAAGGAGGUGGUGGAGGAGAGGAGGGAGAUUGAGAGGGAGAGGCGGGAGGGGGAGAAGGUUGCAAGAGAGGUGGGGAAGCGAGAGAAAGGGAAGGGGAAGAAAGGUAAGGGGGAGACGCUUGAGAGGAGAGAGGAGGGGUCGGCUGAUAGAGAUGAGGAGGCGCAAGGGGGAGGGGAGGUUCGGGUAACGGGGGGGGAGAUUGGGUUAACCGUGGGCCGGGGGGAAGAGGGAGGUGGGGAGGGAGAAGAGGUAGAGGAGCGAGAGGGGGAUGAGACGGAAGACGGGAGUGAAGGCCGGAAGGAAGAGGAGGAGGAUGGCAAAGCUGUGAACACUGCUGGUGCAAGCAAUCUGCUGCUAGUGCGGGAGGACGUGCGGCGUAGAGAGGAGGAGCUGCAGCGAGAGGUGGCGCAGGUGAGGGCGUGGCUGGAGUCCGAGAGGCAGCAGCGCGUGGGACUGGAGCAGCAGCUGGCCGCGCUGGAAGGGCAACUGGAGAGGCUCAAAGAGGGGCGGAGGGAAGCGGUGGAGUCGAGUCAAAAGGAGAGGCAGCAGCGAGAGGGCGUUGAGAAGGCCGGGCGGGAGUUGAGGGAGAGAGUCGAGGAGGAGGUUGCAAGGAGGAGGGAGGUCGAGAAGGAAGUGAGGAGGCUGAAGGAGAGGCUUGAGGGGGAGGAGGAGGGGAGGAGGAGGGCGGAGGAGGAGAGAGAGGGAGCGAGGGAGAGAGUGGGUGUGCUGGAAGCAGAGCUGGUGGGAGUGAGGGAGAGUCUUGGGAGGGUUGAGGAGGAGAGGAGGGAGGCGGAGGAGGGGAGGGUGAGAGAGGGGGAGAGUUGGAAGAGAGUGAAGGAGGAGAUAGAUGGGGAGGUAGAGGAGGAGAGGAGGCGGAGAGGGGAUGCCGAGGGAGAGGUGGUGAGGCUGAAGGAGCGAGAGGGGGCUCUGUUGACCGCGUUGACCGAGGAGACUGGGAAGGUGGGGGCGCUAGAAGUCGCUUUGGCGGAGCGAGAGGCGAGAAUAUCCUCGAUAGAAGCCGAGAUUCGUUUGAAGGAGGAGCGUGCUUGUGGCCUAGAAGCGAGGAUUGGAGAGCUGGAGGGGAGGAUUGAUGACGCUAAGAAUGAGUUUGAGAGGGAACGGAGGAGGAUGGAAGCCGAGAGGAGGGAGGAGCAGGAGGAAAAUGAGAGGGAGAGGGAGGAGGAGAGGAGGGUGAGGGAGGAGGAGGAGAGGAAGCGAGGUGCAGAGGCGGCAGAACGAGAGGCAGAACGAGAGGCAGAUAUGAAAGCGAAAGAGGAGGCGAUCCAGAGGCUGGAAGCGUUGGUGAGUGAGCUACGAGACAAGGUGUGUGCGCUGGAGAAGGAGCGGGGAGAGAGAGAGGAAACGGUGAAGGGACUCGAGGAGGAGGUGAGAGAGCUGGGGGACAUGGUGGCGGUGCUGCAGGCAGGCCUGGCCGCGAAACGAGCAGAGCUCGCAGCCACGGCUGCCCAGGGGGAGAGGGUGAGUGAGCUUGAAGAGCAAGUGAGGGAGGGGGAGGAACGAGUGAGGGAGGGGGAGAGAGAGGUGAAGAGGCUUGAGGGGCGGUUGAGAGAGGUGGAAGGGGAGAUGGAGGAGCUGUCGGUGCAGGUGAGUGCGCUGAGAGGGGAGGUGGAGGCGAAGGAGGGGGAGAGAGAGGUGAUUGAGAGGAGGGGGGCGAAGAGAGAGCGGAGGGUGAGGGAGUUGGAGGAGGAGGUUGGGAGGAGGGAGAAGAGGAUUGGGGAGCUUGAGGGGGUGGUGAGGGAGAGGGAGAGGGAUGUGGAGAGGAGGGAGAGGGAGGAGGAGGAGUUGGAGUGUGGGGUGGCGAAGGAGAGGGAGGAGCGUGAGGAAGUGGUUCGGAAGUUGGGGGUGGAGCGGCGUGCGCUGGAGGAGGAAUGGAGGAGAGAGAGGGAGGAAUUGGAGAGGGUAAAGGGGAGAUUGGAGGAGGAAAAUGAGGGCCUGGAGAGGGCAAGAGAGAAGCUGGUGCGGGAAUGCGAGGAGCAAGGCGUUCGAGUUAGCGAGAUGGAAGCAGAAAGAAGCGCAUUGGAGGAGAAGUGGGCGAGGGAGAAGGAGGGUAUACUGAAGAAAAAGGGAGAAGUGGAAAGGGAGAAGGAGGAUUUGGAGAAGGAGAAAGAGCGACUGGAGAGGCGGAUCGAGGGUUUGGAGAGGGAAAAGGAGAAGCUAGUGGAGGAGAGGAGCGCUCUGGUUAGCAAGGUGGAGGCAGAGAGAGUUGCGCUGGAGGAGAAAUGGGAGAGGGAGAAGGAGGAAUGGGAGAGGGAGAAGGAGGAUAGAGACGUUAUGGUUGGCGAGAUGGAGGCAGAGAGGUGUGCGUUGGAGGAGGAAUGGGCGCGGGAGAAGGAGGAGAUGGUGAAGGAGAAAGUGGAACUGGAGAGGCGGAUUGCGGGAUUGCAGAGCGAGAAGGAGGAGUUGGAGAGGGAAAUAGGGGAGAGGGACGCUCUGGUUCGGAAGACGGAAGCAGAAAGUGGGUUGUGUGGGGAGAAAUGGUUAAGGGAGAGGGAGGGGUUGGAGAGGGAAAUGGAGGAAAGAAACGCUCUGGUAGGCAAGGUGGAGGCAGAAAGAGGUGCGUUGCAGGAGAAAUGGAUAAGCGAGAAGGAGGGAUUGGAGAGGGAAGUGGAGGAGAGGAGCUUACUGAUCAGGACGAUUGAAGCAGAAAGAGAUGCGUGUGGGGAGAUAUGGGUAAGGGAGAGGGAGGCAUUGGAGAGGGAAUUAGAGGGUAGGACCGCACUGGCUAGGAAGAUGGAAGCAGAAAGCGGUGCUUUGGGGGAGAAAUGGGCGAGAGAGAAGGAGGGGUUGGAGGGCGAGAUUAGACGAAUGGAGGGCGAGAGGGAGGGAUGGGGGAAGGAGAAGACGGAGAAUGAGGGGAGGUUAGAAGCAAGCCUGACAGAGCUGAGGGAGGAGAAGGAGAAGAGACAGGCGGCCGAGGAACAGGUCCGGUCACUGGAAGACACGGUAGGCAAGGUGGAAGACGAGGGGAGAGAGGCGGUACGCAAGCUGGAGGAACGGGUUGGCUCACUGCAAGAAACGAUCGGCAAGGUGGAAGAGGAGAGGAAGGAGAUCUUCUGCAAGCUGGAGGAACGGGCCUGGUUACUGCAAGGCGAGAUAGUCAAGGUGGAAGGGGAGAGGAAAGAGGCGGUGUGCAAUCUAGAGGAAAGGGUCCGAUCGCUGCAAGGCGAGAUAGGCAAGGUGGAAGGGGAGAGGAAGGAAGCGUUAAGCAAGGUGGAGGAGGCAAUGCGCGAGCUGGGUGAGGCGCGGAGCACGGUGGAGAGGGAAAUGAGGGAGAAAGAGGCGAAGGGGAAGGAAAUAGAGGAGACGGAGAGCGUUUUGCAGGCGAGAGUGAGGGAGUUGGAGGAGGAGCGGGGGAGUGUGAGGGUGCUGAGAGAGGAAGUGGAGGAGAGGGAGGUGGAGGCGAGGAUGCUGGCUGAGAGGGUUGAGGGGGAGAGGGAGAGGGAGAGAGCGAGUGCGGAUGUGGUGAUUGGGGAGUUGAAGGGGCGAGUGGAGGAGGGAAGGGAGGAGGUGGAGCGAGGGAGGGUGGAGGUUGAGAGGGUUAGCAGGGAGUGCGAGGAGAUGAGGGAGAGAGUGGGGUUGUUGGAGCGGGAGAGGGAGAUAGGCCAGGAGGUGAUGGUGGGGUGGAAGAAGGAGGUGGAGGAGAAGGAUGGGGUGGUGGUGGCGCUGAGGGGCGAGCUGGAGGUGAAGGAAGGGGAGGUGGCGAGUUUGACAAGGGAGUUGAGGGAGAAGGGCGGGGAUGUGGCGGCGUGGAAGGGAAAGCUGGAGGAGAUAGAAGGGGUGGUGGUGGCGCUGAGGGGCGAAUUGGAGGAAAAGGAAGGGACAGUUGCAGGGCUGAUGGCUGAUUUGAAGGAAAGGGAAGAGGCGAUGGUGGGGUGGAAGAAGGAGCUGGAGGAGAUAGAAGGGGUGGCGGUGGCGCUGAGGGGCGAAUUGGAGGAAAAGGAAGGGCAGGUGGCGACUUUGACCAGGGAUUUGAGGGAGAAGGGCGAGGAUGUGGCGGCGUGGAAGGGAAAGCUGGAGGAGACAGAAGGGGUGGUGGUGGCGCUGAGGGGCGAAUUGGAGGAGAAGGAAGGGCAGGUGGCGACUUUGACCAGGGAUUUGAGGGAGAAGGGCGAGGAUGUGGAGGCGUGGAAGGGAGAGCUGGAGGAGACAGAAGGGGUGGCGGUGGGGUUGAGAGGCGAGCUCAAGGCGAAGGAAGGCGUAGUUGUAGGCUUGGUGGCGGAUUUGAAGGCGAGGGACGAGGCUCUGGAGGCGUUGAAGAGGAGUUUGGAGGAGACGGAAGGGGUGGUGGCGGGGCUGAGGGGCGAAUUGACGUGCAAUGAAGGGGAGGUGGCGAGUAUGACACGAGAAAUAAAGGAGAAGGACAAAGAUGCAGAGGCAUUGAGGGGAAAGGUGGAGGAGACGGAAGGGGUGGUGGUGCGGCUGAGGGGCGAACUGAAGGAGAGGGAUGGCGAGGUGGCGAGGUUGACACAAGUUGCCAAGGAGAGGGACGAAUUUGCGGAGGAAGUGGAGGGGAAGUUGGGGGAGGCGGAAGGGGUGGUGGUGGCGCUGAGGGGCGAACUGAAGGAGAAGGAAGGUGAGGUGGCGAGGUUGACAAGAGAAUUGAAGGACAGGGAUGAGAGUAUUGAAGGAUUGAAGGGGCAAUUAGAAGGGACGGAAGGGACGGUAGUGGGAUUGAGGGGCGAACUAGAAGAGCUGAAAAGGACUGCUUUGGAAUUGAAGGGGACAUUGGGGGAGAAGGAAGAGGCAGUAGAGGGGCUGCGAGGGAAGCUGCAGGAGUCGAAAGCGGUGGCGGAUGGGUUGAAAGGAGAAUUGGAGGAGUUGAAUAAGGCCGCAGAGGGGUUGAAGGGAGCGUUAAGGGAGAAGGAAGAGGUUGUAGAGGGGCUGCGAGCGGCACUGGAGGAAAGGGCACUAGAAUCAGAACAAAGGGAAGGGGUGAUGAGGGCGCUAAGGGGCCAGGUGGCAGUGCUGCAGGCAAGCGUGGGAGAGAAGGAAGGGUAUGCUCGGGAAAAAGAGGCGAUGGUUCUGGUGAGGGAUGCGAAGAUACUGGUGCUGGAGUCUGCAGUUGAGGGUAAGGGAAGGCAGGUGUGCGCUUUACAGGUAGAGUUGGACGAGAGGGUGGGCCAAGUGAGAGAGCUAGAGGCAAGUGUGCAGGAGAAGGGGGAAGAGAUAUCCUCGUUACAAGCAGGGUUGGGAGAGAAAGAGCGGCAGGUGAAAGUGCUGCAGGGGCAAGUGGAGGAGACGGUGAAUGAAGCUGCUGCGUUACAAGCAGGAGUUCAAGAGAGGGGUAGGCAAAUAUCCGCGUUACAAGCAGGGAUGGAGGAGAAGGAGAAGCAGGUGGUGGGGCUGCAGGGUCAAGUGCAAGAUAAGGAGCAGCGGAUACUGGAGCUGCAGGCAGAGAGGGAGGUGUGGGAGGCGAGGGAGAGGAUGGCUUUUGAGUCCACUCAAAAGGAGGUGUUGGCGCUGCAAGGUCAAGUGCAGGAUAAGGAGCGGCGGAUACUGGAGCUGCAGACAGAGAGGGGAGAAUGGGAGGAGAGGUUGCAGAGGGAAAGGAGGGAGAAAGCGGCACUUGAUAGCGAAGUGGUGGUGCUGCAGGCUCAAGUGCAAGAUAGGGAGCGGCAGAUACUGGAGCUGCAGGCAGAGAGGGAGGAGUGGGAGGCGAGGGAGAGGAUGGCAGGGAGUGCGAAAGAGGCAGUUGAAAGGGAGCACAGGGAGCAUGCUGCAAGGCUGCUGAGGGAAAAGGAGGCGCUGGAGGUAGCGGUGGAAGGGAAGGAAGAUCUCGAAAGGCAGCACCGGGAAGUUGUUGCCAGGCUGCUGAGGGAAGAGGAGGCGCUGGUGAAAGCCGUGGAAGAGAAAGACGAGGUUGAAAGGGCGCACCAGGAGCAUAUUGCAAGGCUGCAGAGCGAAAAGGAAGCGCUGGUGAGAGCGGUGAGGGAGCUGGAGGUGCGAGUGAAAGAGCGGGGCGAGAAGGUGAAGGCCCUGGAAGAGGAGGUGAGAGGUAUGAGGGAGAAGGUGGAGGCUGUGAAUGAGGAGGUGAGAGUUUUGGGGGCGGCGGUGAAAGAGAGGGACGAGAAGGUGGAGGCGCUGGAAGGGGACUUGAGAGUUUCAAAGGAGAAGGUGAAAGCUGUGGAUGAGGUGGUGAGAGAAAAGGAGGAGGAGGUGAAACAAAAGGUCGAGGAGCUGAGAGCCAAGGAGGAGGAGGUGAGGGGAUGGAAGGAGAGAGAGGGGGUGGUGCGGUGUGAGGUGGAGGGCAAGGUGAGGGAGGUGGAGGGGCUGGUUUCUGAGGUGGAACGGCUGGUUGCUGAGGUGGAAAGACUCUUUGCUGAGCUGGAAAGGGAGCGCGAGCAGAAGCGUAGCAUGAUUGCUGAGCUGUCAAGUGUGAUUAAAGUGAAGGAGGCUUUAGAGGGGGAGGUGGUUGGUUUGAAAAAGAGAGUGAGGGAGGUGGAAGGUGAGAGGGAGAGGUUAAGUGAGGAGUGUGAGAAAUCAGGUGUGGAAAUCUUGAGAUUAAGUGGGGAGGUUUCUAAUCUAAGGACAGAGAACGAAGGGCUUGUGAGACGGUGUGCGGAAUCUAAGGAAGAAGGGAGGAAGCUAAGCGAGCGAGUGCAGGUGCUUACUGCUGAAGGGGAGGUGUUAUCUGCGAGGGUUGGGGAUGCGGAGAGCGAAGUGGAGGAGGAGAGGGGGAGGAGGGAGGAGGUGGAGAGAGAGAGGGAGAGUGUGAGGGGGGAGCUGGAGGAGGGGCUGAGGGGAGUGAGGGAGAUGAGGGAGAGAGUGGGGGAGAUGGAAGAGGAGGUGAGUGCGCUGCACAUGCAGGUCGAGAAGGCGGAGGAGAGGAGAGAGGAGGCGGAGAGGAGGGGAGAGGAGACAGAGAGGAGGAGGGAGGAGGCUGUGAGGAGGGGAGAGGAGGCAGAAAGGAGCAAGGAGGAGGCGGAGAGGAGCAAGGAGGAGGCGGAGAGGAGCAAGGAGGAGGCGGAGAGGGAGAGGGACAAUGCGGAGAGGGAUAUGGCGAUCCUUCUGAGGCGCCUGAGAGAGGAGGAGAGGAGUGUGCGGGAGGCGGAGGAGGAGGCGGAGAGAGUGAGAAAGAGGCUGGAGGAGGUGGAGCGGGAGUGGGAGGAGAGUGAGGGGGCGAGGAUGAGGCUGAGCGGGGAGGCUAGUAUGAAACAGAGUCUGCUGAGGGAAGGAGCAGCGCUGGGCGUGAGCAUGCAAGGGGCGCGCAUGCAAGAGGUAGAGGGAGCGGAGGAGGAGGCAGAAAGAGAGAGAGAGGGGGUGCGGGUUGCGGUAGUGACGGACAAGGUGGAGGAGAUUAUGGCACUUGCCUGGGUAAAUGCUGACGCGGCGAGGGCUGAUGCUGACUCUGCACGCGCUGACGCUGAUGCGGCACGGGCUGAUGCUGAUGUGGCGAACAGAAGGUUGCAGGAGGCUGUGGCAGAAGCUGAAGUUCUGAGGGCUGAUGCUGACGCUGCAAAGGCUAAUGCUGACGUGGCAAAGGGGAUGCUGCAGGAGGCUGUAGCAGAAGCGGAAGCUUCGAGGGCUGAUGCUGACGCUGCAAAGGCUAAUGCUGACGUGGCGAAUAGAAUGAUGCAGGAGGCUGUAGCAGAAGCUGAAGCUUCGAGGGCUGAUGCUGAUGUGGCAAACAGAAGGCUGCAGGAGGCUGUAGCAGAAGCUGAAGCUUCCAGGAAGGCGGUUGCAGCUCUGGAGGAGGAGGUGGAGAGAGUGAGGGAGCGAGUGAGGGAGAUGGAGGAGGAGGUUGAGGGAGUGAGGGUGAGGCUUGGGGAGGCUGAGAAGGAGGUGAGGGAGAAGGGGAGGGAGGUAGAGAGGCAGAGGGAGGAGCUGGGAGUGAGGGAGAGGGAGGUAGAGGUGAGGGGCAAGGAGGUAGAGGAAUUGUUGAAGCUUGUAGGGGAACUGAAGGUGCUUGUAGAGGGGAAAGAGGAGGCGGAGAGGGAGGCGAGGGAGAAGGAGAGGGAGGUGGAGAGGCAGAGGGAGGAGGUGGAAACGAGAGGCAGGGAGGUGGGGGAGUUAAUGGAGCUUGUCGAGCAACUGAAGACGCUUGUAGAGGGGAAGGAGGAGGAGGGGAGGAUGACACGGAUGGUGCUGGAACGAGCAGUGGAAAACUUGAGAGGAGAGGUUGAACGGGCCACGAGAGAGGGGUUGGAAGCGGUGGAGAGGGUUAGGAGCGAGGGUAACGAGGAAGUCGAGAGGGUCAGGGAAGAGAAUCGGGAGGAGAUUGAGAAAACGAAGCAGCAGGCUUGGCAGCAGGUGUCGGAGGCUUGGGGAAGGGAUCGGGAGGAGGUGGAAGUGGUCCGGCAGCAACUGGAGCAGGUUCGGGAACAGCUGCGGAGGGAGGUGGUAGCUAGACAGGUGGAGACUGAGCAGAGGGUUGUAGCAGAGGGAAGGCUGGGGGAGAUGGUGGAGAGAGUGAGAGAGAUGGAGAGAGAGAGGAGGGAGAUAGAGGAGAUGUGGAGAGGGAGGGUGGAGGAGGGGGAGAGGGAGAGAGAGAGGGAGAGGGAGAGAGAGAGGGAGAGGGAGAGAGAGAGGGAGAGAGAGAGGGAGAGGAGGGAGGCGGAAUGGGCUGAGGAGAAGGGAAGGAUGGUUGGGGAAGUGGAGAAGGAAAGGGAGAGAGUGAGGGAAGAGGUGGAGAAGGAGCGUGAGAGAGUGAGGAACGAAGUGGAAAGGGAGAAAGAGAGGGUGAUUGCGGAAUUGGAGAGGGAAAGGGAGAGAGUGAGGGUGGAGGCAGAAGAGGAGAAAGAGGUGCUGAUGAGAGAAGUGCAGAGGGAGAAAGAAAAAAUGAUGAGCCAAGUGGAGAGGGAGAAAGAGAGGUCGCGGAGAGAGCUGGAGGGCGAGCGAGAGAGAUUGAUGAGGGAGCUGCAGGAGGGAGAGAGGAGGGUGCGAGAGGCAGAGGAGGUGUUGAGGGAGGCAAGGAGGGAUGCUGAGACGGCGAAAGAACCAGCAGAGUUGGAGGAGGGGGAGAAGGAAGGGGGGAAUGAGGGGGAGGAGGAUGGGGAGAAGGAGCGGGAGGAGGAUGGGGAGAAGGAGCGGGAGGAGGAGGCUGUGGAGACGUCAGUUGGAGAGGUGGUGGAGGAAGGAGCGGCAGAUGUGGAGAGGUUGGCGGGGAGUGAGAAGGAAAGGGCAGGAUUGGAGGGGAGGACGGUGGAGUGGAUUGGGAGAAUCAAGGUGCUGGGCGCUCAAUGGAACAAGCUGGUGCAGCGGGAGAGGCGGGCGAGAGUGAAGGAGCAGAGGGCAAGGGAGGAGGAGAGGAAAGCAAGGGAGGAGGAGAGGAAGAUAAGGGAGGAGGAGAGGAGCCAAGGGAGUGUGAUCCGGAAGGAGCAAGUGAAGGAGCUUAGCUCACACAUUGCCAGCAUGAAAUCCGUCUGUGGAAGGUUCCAGAGUGCUUUGGAGGCCAAGGGUCGGGAGGUACAGGAGGUGAGGCGGCGGGUGGAGGGGGUGGUGCAGCAGGCGCAGCGGGAGAGGGCUGCACGGGACGCUGCUCUGAAGACGCUUAUAACGGGGAUGGAGAGGCGCGAUUUCACGGCAUGUGCGCCAUACGAGUCUGUGGAUGCCGCAGCAGCACAGGCCUUUUCCAGGCACGAGUCGCAGCUCGAUGCUUUGAUCCUCCGUGCUGCUCGCAUGGUGCAUGGCGUGUCAGCGGCGCAAGCCUCAAAAGCGCCCACAGCCAAUGCACCGCUGCCAGAAUCAUCACAGCAAGUAGCUGCAGUAGCAGUAGCAGCAGCAGCAGCGGCAGCAGCGGCAGCGGGCAGCGGCAGCGACAGGGGUGGCACAAACAGCAGCGCCUAACCCUGGCCCAUCUGUCUCCUCCCCCCCGUUCUCUCCUCCAGCUUCCUCCCUCACUUCCUCCCUCUCCUCCUCCCUCUCCUCCUCCCUCUCUCACUCCCUCUCCGCCUGGUCCCUCGCCCACCCUCUCUCCGCCUCCGCCUCAUCCCUCUCCGCCUCCUCUCCGUCUCUAUACGUGGACCCGGGCUGUGCCAGUCAAGCAGCGUGCAGCGAGGCCAACACUGCAGGCAGCCAGGCAGGCGCAAGCAGGGGUUCAAAAGCAGCAGCAGAAGCAGCAGCAGAAUCAGGGGGGAAAGGAGCAGGCGGGGCAGGUGUGGCUGAGACGACGCCCCAAGCAGGCAGUGCCGGAAGCAGCCCACAAGAUAAGAGUCAGCGCGGCCAAGGCCAAGCCACUCAGACGAGUCGGACGAGUCAGACGAGUCUGGGCAAGCAAGGCAGUCCGAGCAAGCUGGCGGGGGGUGCGGCGAGCCCUGGAAGCAAGGGGGCUGUCGUUUUGCAUGACGCCAACCUCCCUCCCUGUGUGACUUUUUUGCAGGAACCUCGGCGGGCCCACCGCUGCCGCUGUCGAUGGUGGCUGAUGGGGGGGUGGCGGUGAGACGGCAGCACAAGUGGGUGGUGGACGGCGCGUGGCUGGAGAUGACGCGAAAGGAGCAUGAGGGGAUGCGGCAGGCCAUGGCAGAGCAGCAGCACCAGCUGGCAGCACUGGAGCAGUUGCGAGCUGAGAAGGUCUGGAUGGAGGCUGCUUUGGCGCAGUUCAUUGAGCUCCAGCGGAAGUAAGAGACGGAGAACACAAGUCUUAUUUUCAAAAGUGAGCUGCUCUGGUCUGGAGCCCCCGACCAAGUGUUGAGUUCAGCCGACCCUCAAGUUCAAUCAGAUUUCUCCGCUUUUUUGUUAUCUAACACGGGCAAUUGCUUUCUUAUGCCCCUUUUUCGACCAUAUAUGCAUAUCAAUAGUCACGGGUGAGAAGCUUCAUUAAUCACAGCCCUUGUUUUACAUGAAUCUUCUCCUUUUCCAGCUAGUGCAGAAUAUAUGCAACUUUUAUCUAAUAGUGGUAACUAUGU